AUGACUCGGUAGCGCGCAAAGUGUACAAGGCAAGGAGGUACGAGCUCCGCAAAUCCAUUGGGGACGCAAAUAGACAAUACAGACUCAAACUUGAGUUUAUGUUCGACAACUGACGUGCGCUGCAUGUGGCAAGGACUACAAGACCAUCAUGGACAACAAAGGCAAAUACAGCUGUGUGGUGCCCACCGACACCUCCCUCCCAGAUGAGCUCAACACAUUCUAUGCUCGAUUCGAGGCAGAUGAUACCGAGCCAUCCUGGUCGUCUGCUGCUCCGGACCAGGUGCUUUCGCUUUCCGAAGCUGACGUGUGGAAAACUCUUGAGUGAAUACGUACAAAGCCGCUGGCCCAGAUGGCAUCCCUGACCACGUCCUCAGUGUGUGUGCUGACCAGCUUGCUGGCGUCUUCUCUGACAUCUUCAACCCUUCCCUGUCCCAGGCUGUAGUCCACACCUGCUUCAAGGAAACCACCGUAGUCCCAGUGCCCAAGAAAAACAAGAUGACAUGCCCAAAUGACUGUUGCCCCUUCCCACUCACCCCGGUCAUCACGAAGUGCUUUGAGAGGCUGGUCAUGGCCCACAUCAAGUCCAGCAUGCCAGGCAAACUGGACCUACUCCAAUUUGCCUAGCGCUCCAACAGAUCCAUGGAAGAUGCCAUUUCCCAUCAUUAUUCAUACUGUCGUAACACAUCUGGACAAGAGGAACACCUAUGUGAGAAUGCUGUUCAUUGACUACUGUUCAGCAUCCAACACUGUUGUUCCGUCCGAGCUUGACACCAAGCUCAGAACCCUGGGUCUGGACAUCGCCCUCUACAACUGGAACCUGGACUUCCUGACGGGCAGACCACAGGCUGUGAGGAUUCGCAACAACACCACCUCCUCACUGACUCUUAACACAGGGGGCCCCCCCAGUGGUGUCCUCAGCCCUCUGAUGUACACCUUGUUCACCCACGAGUGCGUGGCUUUGUACAACAACUCAAUCAUCAAGUUUGCUGACGACAACAUGGUUGUAGGCCUAUUAACCAACAACGACAAGUCAGCCUAUCGGGAGGAGGUAAGUGAACUGGAAUCGCUCAACAUCAGCAAAACAAAGGAGCUGAUUGUUGACUUCAGGAAACAGAGGAGGGAGCAUGCCCCAAUCCACAUCAAUGAGACUGCAGUAGAGAAUCAGCUGUUUUGAAAUUCCUCAGUGUCAAUAUCACCGAGGACAUGUACCAACCAGACCACCACUCUUAUCAAGAGGGCACAGCGGCAUCUCUACUUCCUAAAGCGGCUGAAGAAAUACGGCAUGCCACCCCGAGUCCUCUCCAAAUACUACCACUGCACCAUCGAGCGUCCUGACCGGUUGCAUCACGGCCUGGUACGGGAAUUGCUCCGUAUAUGACCGCAAGGCCCACCAGUGGGUGGUGAAGAUGGCCUAGUACAUCACUGGGACCGUGCUCCCACCCAUCCAGGACAUCUACUCGAAGCGGUGCCUGAGGAAGGCCCGCAGCAUCAUCAAGAGCCAUACACACCCCAGCCACAAGCUGUUCUCUUCCCCGGACGGUAUCGGAGCAUGAGGUCUGAUACCAACAGGCUCAGAGACAGUUUCUGUCUACAAGCCAUCAGACUACUGAACACUUGAGCUGGACGGAGCACCUGCUCCGAUUCUCCGCACCUUAGCACACAUGCACUCACUUCACGCGCACACCCACACAGACAUAUACACACACACACACAUACAUACAUACAUUCAUGCUACACACACAUCACAACUGCUGCUACCAGACUCUUAUUAUGAUUGCUAAAUACUGCACAGUUUAAACACUUGCCCCCCAAUCUCCCCUUCCCCUAAAACACGUGUAAAUAAAUUGUUCCUUCCUGUAUCACACUUAUGCUAAAAAAUGUAUUCUACUGAGCCAUUUACUUUCUGUUCGUAUUCUUAUCUUUUAUUAUUGUUGUUGCAUUGUCGAGGAGGAACCUGCAAGUAAGCAUUUCAUUGGAACACCUUGUGUAUCCUGUACAUACGACUAAUAACAUUUAGAAACUUUCUUUCUCCACCGUACAGGCAGUUAAAGAAGCUCAGUGAAGACAGUUUAACCAAGCAGCCAGAGGAGGUCUUUGAUGUGCUAGAGAAACUUGGCGAAGGGUGAGUCCUGGACGUGUUUUGUUAUGUACAGUUGGCGCUAGAACGCCAUGUCGUUUCAGUUCUGAGAAGCUAUCCCUCUCUGACUUACAUUAGACUCAAGGAAGAAGAGCACCAUAACGCCACGGCGUAAGUGUCACUCAUGCAGUCAGCCCCUCUCUCUCCACCCGUCAUGCUUCCUCAUUUCCUGUUACUCAAUUUUCUGCCAGAGUGUCUGUGAUUAACAUGCCCUCUUGUGUUGCGUCAUGACUGACAGCUGAUGGGUGAAGUUCUGCUGCGCUAGUCACUGUAUUGCUCCUUAUUGAUAUGCCUAUUUCAAGAACGUAUCAAAUGAACCUACUGUGCUAGAAUAAGACUACAGUCAUUCAUCUAUUUACAUCUCAAACAAACCACUUACCAUGUAGGCCCUAUGACCACACAGCCUUCUCACUGUGAACCGAAGGUAUCCUAUUUGAGGAGCGUGUCACGAGUUGACUCAUUUAGUAGUAGCCUAGAUUCUUUUAAAAAAUGUAAAAAGUAUUCACACCUGUUUUCUAUGCAGGUCCUAUGGCUGCGUCUUUAAGGCCAACUAUAAAGAGACGGGGGAGAUUGUGGCCAUCAAGCAGGUCCCUGUGGAGUCCGACCUGCAGGAGAUCAUCAAAGAGAUCUCCAUUAUGCAGCAGUGUAACAGGUGAGGCCCCCUCCCCUCGACCUCCUCUGGUUGCCUGACUUCCCUCUGUGUCGCCAGAUCGAAUAAUCUCUUGCUGUGUGGUAACAUUAUUUGUGACCUGAAGAAGAGUACAUCCUAAAUAUAUGAUUAGUCUGAUAUAGACAACAGGGUACCAGAACUAGGCUAAAUACCCAUAAGGCUCUUUUGCGUCCUCAGUCCCCAUGUUGUGAGGUACUACGGCAGUUAUUUUAAGAACAGUGACCUGUGGAUCGUGAUGGAGUACUGCGCAGCUGGCUCGGUCUCUGACAUCAUUCGCCUGCGCAACAAAACGGUAACAUGUCUAAUCUGACUGAAUAUUAAGGGAGAUAUUUUCUUCUUCUAAAUGCUGUGUGUGUAACACCUUCUUACCCAAACAACUUGUAAUGGGAUACAGUCAGGUCCAAAAUGGCCACCCUUGAUAAAGAUGAGCAAAACAGACUGUAUAAAAUAGAUAAUACAAAUACUGAGGUAUAUUGUAUGCUCCAAUUUUUUAAACAAUUAUUUUAUACUAAUACAAUUGCUCAGAGAACGAGAUGUUGCUUAAUAAGUACGUUCUUCCCCUCAAAGAUAGGGGUCAAAAUUAUUAUCCUUGCGAGGAUAACGGCACAGAGCCGUUUUCUAAAAUGUUUUAUGAGAUUGGAGAACACAUUGGGAGGGAUCUUAUACCAUUCCUCCUUACAGAAUCUUUCCAGAGCCUUUAUAUCCGUAGUCUGCGCUUAUGAACUGCCCUCUUCAAUUCAAACAACAGGUUUUCAAUUGGGUUUAUGUCCGGUGACUGAGAUGGCCAUUGCAAAAUUUAGAUUUUAUGUUCAAUUAACAAUUUCUUUGUGGAUUUUGAUGUGUGCUUGGGGUUAUCGUCUUGCUGAAAUAUCCACUUGCGGCCAAGUUUCAACCUCCUGGCAGUGGCAACCAGGUUUUUGGCUAAAAUGUCCUGGUACUGGGUUAAGUUCAUGAUGCUGUUGGCCUUAACAAGGGCCCCAGGACCAGUGGAAGUAAAAUAUCCCCAUUACAUCAAAGAUCCACCACCAUAUUCUAUAGUAGGUAUGGGGUUAUUUUCUGCAUAUGCAUCUCUUUCUACGCAAUACCCACCACUGGUGUUCGUGGCCAAAGAGCUCUAUUUUCAUGUCAUCUGACCAUAGCACAGGUUCCAAUCCCAAGUGCCAAUGCCGUUUACAAAACUCCAGGAGUUAACAUUUGUUGGAUGACAUGAAAAUUGAGCUCUUUGGCCACGAACACCAGUGGUGGAUUUUGUGUAAAAAGAAAGAUGCAUAUGCGGAAAAUAACCCUGCUGUAAAAUAUAGUGGUGGAUCUUUGAUGUUAUGGGGCUAUUUAGCUUCCACUGGUCCUGGGGCCCUUGUUAAGGUCAACCACAUCAUGAACUUUUAGUAUUUAUUUUGUAUACAAUAUAGCUCUGUUUCUGUAUGAUUUUAUUUUAUACAGUCUUUUUUAGGGUGCCAAUCAUUUUGGAUCAGACUAUUUUGAAACGUUCAUAAGAAUGUGGUCAUUAUUUAUACAGAUUUAAAGUCAACAUUACAGAAAUGUAUUAAUUGUUUUGGAUUCAUUUCUGCUUGCCGUACAUUUUAACAUGGUUAUUUUGUGUGCUGAGUGUAUGCAAUCAGUAGUGGAAAUCAUCGCCCUAAAAGAAGUAGAAUUAUGCUUACAGUGUCUCUUACCUCACGUGUCUGUUGUAGCUAACAGAGGAUGAGAUCGCGACCAUAGUGCAGUCCACACUGAAGGGACUGGAGUACCUGCACUUUAUGAGAAAGAUCCACAGAGACAUCAAGGCAGGGAACAUCCUGCUCAACGCAGAGGGCCAGGCCAAGCUGGCUGACUUUGGGGUGGCGGGACAGCUGACAGUAAGGAAUUCACCAGCUGACAGCUGGUGCAGAUCAUGGGCUGCAUUUACACAGGCAGCCCAAUUCGGAUCUUUUGUUUUGACCAAUCACAUCAGAUCUUUUCGCAUCAGAUCUUUUUCAGAACUGAACUGAUUGGUUAAAAGAGCAAUUAGUGAAAAAAAGAUCAAAAUUGGACUGCCUGUCUAAACGCAGCCAUUAAGUUAAUGAGAUGAACGUUUGAUCUAGGACAGGGGUGUCAAACUCAAUUCCUGGAGGGCUGAGUGUCCGCGGGUUUAUGCUCCUCCCUUGUACUUGAUUGAUCAAGUAAGGUCAUUAAUUAGUUAGGAACUCCCUUCACCUGGUUGUCUAGGUCUUAAUUGGACAUUAAUUAAAAGAAAAUAACAAAAACCAGCAGACACACAGCUCUCCAGGAAUUAUGUUUGACUCCUCUGAUCUAGGAUGUUGAUUUAACUCUUUGGUUUGAUUGAUCUGAACUAUAAAAUUACACCUGCAACAUUGACUGUUGGUGUCUCCCAAGAUUCACUAUGUCAAAUCUUGGGGAGAGGUUCAGAAACAAGAGGCAUCCGCUCAACCAAUGGAAAUAGUUUUACAUUUAUUCGUCAUCUUGCUUGAACGGGCUGAAAACUGGCGAGUCUUGUCGAGUAGUCUCAUCAGUUGAUGCCUUUUUGAUCUGGACUGGGCCCAACCAAAAUAUGCUACUCUUCAACCAACUUUUUUUAUUUACCUUUUAAAAUAGGAGUUUUGGCCAUCUGGGCCAUACUGUAGUCCCUUUUUAACAUCCUGCAUUGUAGUUAAUAUAGCUUAAUUGUUUGUGAGAUAGAAAUAAAAUCAUAUUCAAGCAAUCCAGGACUAACCAGGAUGCCAUAAGGUGUAUAUUUUUCUAAUGUUCUCUAUAUAUCAUGUACCAAUAUCAUCCGUAUGUCAUGUCUACUACUUGUCUGUUUCUCAGGAUACAAUGGCCAAGCGGAACACAGUGAUUGGCACUCCUUUCUGGAUGGCCCCCGAGGUGAUCCAGGAGAUUGGGUAUAACUGUGUGGCAGACAUCUGGUCCCUGGGCAUCACAGCCAUAGAGAUGGCAGAGGGAAAGCCUCCCUAUGCAGACAUCCACCCUAUGAGGGUGAGUCUAUUGUUAAUGUGUACAGAUCUGUUUUUGUUAUUGAUGGAACUUGUCAAACACUCUGUCUCAGGGUUGAACCUCUCUAAAAUCAAUCUGAGUAUAGUGGCAAAAACAGAGAGAACUUGAAUUGUGAUUUUGUGUUAUUAAAUUGUUUCUGUUCUGUCUGUUACAUUGCUUUGUCAUAGGCCAUAUUUAUGAUUCCUACCAAUCCUCCACCGACGUUCCGAAACCCAGACUUGUGGUCAGAGCCGUUCCAAGACUUUCUCACCCAGUGCCUGGUGAAGAACCCAGAGAACCGAGCCACUGCCACACAGCUUUUACAGGUAGAAGACCCCAUCUCACCGACACUGUCUGCAUCUCAAAUGCCUCCCUUCUCCCUAAAUAGUGCACUACUUUUGACAGCCAAAAGUAGUGCACUGUGUAGGGAAUAGGGUGCCAGAUGGGACCUUAUUCAGCCUAGUACUUCUGUUUCUCUCCCCUCUCUUCCUCUUUUUGUCUCUUUCGGUCUGUUCAUUUCCUAUUUGUCCUUCCAUCAUUUCUCUCUGGAUUACAUUUUCCUCUUGCAAAGAAACACGUUGCAUGAGCAAACUAACCAUUAAUAUUUUCGAUGGGAUAGCACAUUAUCCGAGGCCAUUUCCGAGUAAAACUGAAACUUGCGGUUGCAUUGCACUGCUUUAAACUCUGGUUAAAAAGAUUUAUAAACGCCUUUAUUUUUAAGGCAAUUUCAAAUAAACAUUUGCAGUAAAUGCUGUGGAUGUCGGCUCAAUUGUGUUUUUGUGUGUGUUUGUACGUUGUGUGUUUGUCCUCCGGCAGAAUACGUUCAUUAAGACUGCUAAGCCCAGCAGCAUCCUCAGAGCUCUGAUCACAGAUGCCAUGGAAAUCAAACUGAAGAAUGUGGAGGCCGAGCAGAGAGAACAGGACCAAGAGGACGAAGACAACUCGGUACACACACACACACACACACAGACCCACACGCACACACACCCCACUAAAGCUUAGGCCUAAUUCAUAGUUGGGAGCUGCAGGGCCGCGACAGUCCGCCGGCCCAUUUAUCAGCUAUUUAUUAGCCUCAUGGAAUUGUUUUUUUUAUCAACAAGCUUGGCUACGUCACAAUGGACAGCUUGACCCUACCACUUUAUUCUGUAUGCUGACUGAUGGGGCUGGGGAAAUGUAACCACUCUCAAACACUGUAGACCUAUUUAUAGACGGGGCAAUAGAUGCUGGACUGACAAUCCAAGAGAUCGACAUACAUCAUAUUUUUAAACACAUUUUGGAGCUUUACAUUGUUUACAAAUGACACCAAAAACAUAAACAAUGGAGUAAUACUUGUAUUUAUAUUUGGGAUUAAGCUCAUAAAGCAUGUAUAAUUUAUAUUAUUCAGUAACAAAUGCAAUUAAAUAUCAUUAGGCAGGUUUCCACUGACUCAGGUUUAUUUGACAAAAGCAAUGUCGCAACCAAAAAACAUUGCGACGUGUAAUGGAAACGGCAGCUAUAGACCGUUAUAAUGGCAUGCGAGCUUGCAUUCUAAAUAAUUGUAGGACCCCUGACGACUUCCUCUCCGAAAACGUGUUGUCCUUAUACUAGCCUGCUAGGCUUCCAACCAAACAAGUAAAAUGAAUCAGACCAACUUUGGUAGUUUCUGUUCUGUUGUGGUGUGAGGUCAGGCAAAAAUGCCAUAUUCAAAGAUUCAAAUGUUCAGAUUUCCAAAAAACGAGGAAAGACGACGAGCUUGGGUCACUGCAGUCCAAAGGGAGGCUUGGGAGCCCAAAAAUCAUACCAGGGUCUGCAGCACUCACUUAAUUUCAGGUAAACUCACUAGUACACAAUUCAUUUAAAAUCUACCUAGCUUGUAAGACCAGCGUUAUUAGCUAAGUCUGAAAUACGACAAAUCUAUUAGACACAGUUAGCUACAGACCACCAUAAUCCCAGUUAGCUAGCUUGCUAGCUAAUUUAGCUAGACAAGCUAACGGUAACUAGCAGCUACCUUGCCUAACGGUUUUUGCGUCCAACAUUAGCUAGCUAGAUUAACUAACUUGUAGUAACUGGUCAGAAGUUGAGUGAGGUCCUGGUUCCCAAAAUUACACGUUAUUGUUUUGACCGAUAAAAACAUGUAUAGGAGAAAUGUUCUAAAGAUCGGCAACAUUUUUAUCUGUUCGACAUGGGUGGAUUUUUCUUUUGUAGAUUUUUUUCUUUUGUUAUUGCGACAAAUGGAAACGAAUAAAUGGUGAUUGCCGAAAAUUAAGUCUAUUUUUGCAACUAUAAAACAUUGUUUCUUUGCAGGACAGUGAUUGUCCUGAAUUGCUUCACUUUGCUUUUCUGUUUGGCUGGAUGCAAGUUUUACCUUCCAAUUAUUUCAGAUCUCCUGGACUGUGGCAAUAAGUUGGCACGUGAGAAUUAUGAAAAAUAUUAUUACAUUCUUGCAUUCUAUCCAUAUUGGCUUUUGCAGGCUUCCUGAAACAGAUCGGUGGGAGGGCAUAUAGGCUGUCGCCAAUUUAUUAAUGCACAAUUUGCCUAAAUGGAUAAUGGAAACACUUUCGACACUAGGUUUUUAGCGAAAAAGCCUUUUUAUUAGGUGUGACUUCAUUACGUCCAGCUGUUUUUAUCGUCACAAGUUAAAUGGAAAUGCAUCAUAGCAUGCAAUUGUCACAUCUAUUUUAUAUGCAAACUAUCUAAAUGUCAGCCAGAAAUCACUAGACAAGUUAAUGGAAACAUAGCUAAUCAUUUAAAAUGACCGGCAGAAAAUUGUAUCUUGUGCUUCGUUGGCAUACUGCUAUUUCUCUGCCCUGAUAUUACACACUUGAAACAUCAGACUGCCUCUAUACAAAAAAAGCCUACCAACUGGAUGAUACAUCACUGGAUUUUUCAAAAUCACGGUGUCAAAAUCUAUUUCCAUGUAACUUUGUGUGCGUGACCGUGUGGCGCAGUUGCACAGUCUUGACCAGAGAUGUUUUGCCCAAUCAGGAUGAGGACGAGGUAGACCAGGGUACGAUGGUGAGGGCAGGCACGAGCGACAUGGGCACCGUCCGGGAGGCCGGUUCGUUAGCGGGCACGGUGAGGACCAUGAUCAAGCAGAGCGACAUGGGCACCAUGGAGUCUCAGCUGGGCACCAUGGUGAUCAACUCGGACGAUGACGAGGACGCCGGCACCAUGAAACGUAAGAGACAGAAGCCACACUGUCAUAGUAGAUUUAUAAUUCCCUGUUGGAGUUACAUUGCAAUACACUGUGAAUGUCAUGUCGAGCCAUUACGUGAUCACUGGAGACUUUUGGUGUGAAAAGAGAAUGAGUUGUCAAAGCAUUACACAAAACGAUGUCACAAGGGCUCAUGAAUCUAUCACGGUGUGUGUGGUGCAUUCAUCAACCCCAGCUUCAAAUUGGCUCAUUCAACCCCUCUCAUCUCCCCUGCAACUUGUUGUAAAUGACAAUGUGUUCUCAGUGAAGUUACCUGGUUAAAUAAGUUUAAGUAAAAAAAAAAAAAGGUUAAAUACAUUAACAAAUAAAAUGAAACAAAGUUAAGUUUCUAUAAUUAAAAGUGCUGUACGCAAGUCCAGAUGCAAUCUGUCCAAAAAUUUUUUUGCUAGCAUGCUUCCGUUUAAAACCACUGUCCUGCGUACAGUGAGAUUGUGGUUACUUCAUUGGACUUGGAGCCACACAUUGAACCAGUGGGACAAUGUGACGUUCCAGUGGCUGCCCAUGGUGUAUAGGACUGCCAAUUUUAGCUGAUUUCUCUCCGAGGCCCACUAGAUGGCAUGGAUAUUUCACUGGGGUGAAGGGGAGAUUGUUUCCCUUGCCGCAUAGUGCUGGUGGCUGCUCAGGCUAAUACCAUUUACAUUUUAGUCAUUUUAGGGAUGGUCCAGAGAAUAAAGAGUGUUUACUAUAGGGCUGGGUGAUAUAUUGAGUUAAUUCAAAUAAAAAAAUACUGCCGACAAGCAUUGAAUCUCAUUUUUAAAUUACUUUAAUUUUUAUGAGCAUUUAUGUCCACUUUUUGGUCUCGUCUCCCUCGCUCCUUCUGACUGCUGUGCAGCACUUUCCCACUCACACACCAAGCUGAGAGAUUGCUUCUUCCUCUCUGACAGCAAGCAGUUCCAACUCGCUAUUUGUAUUUUAAGUUUGGUCAUGUGGACACCGAAACACAGUGAGACAUAAUUUUACUGUAAUAUAGGUGAAUUUAACCUUUCUAACGAAAGCGCAUACAAUUGACCUCCGAGCAGAUGCACUGUUGCACAUGGCAUUGCGUUACCACGUACCGCUAGCAGCAUUUUUAUGUGCUAGCUGUCUAGUCUGUGUUUUUAUAAAUGUGCAAUGAACAUAAAAAUACUCAUUUAUAAGGAAUUGGCAACUCAUUCUCAUUCUGAGAAAUAAGGCUACAUGCUCUUAAAACAGGUAGAGACAGACAGGGGGGUAUGUUCAUAACAGUUGAACUGUUCUACCUUGCUAGCUAAUAGAUAAACAUUGGCUAGACUUGAAAUAUAAAGAUUAGGCCUAUCUGGCUACUACCUAGCACGUGGGCUUGUGCUUGAGAGAUUGUUUAUAAGACCUGUGUUAAUUUUCUAUAAUGCAUUCACCUGCUACAAUAAGUUAUUAUUAGUGGAUGUGCAUGGUUCUGGUUACAUUUGUAACCAAGGGGUCAUUUUUCAUAGACUUACAGUGGGGAAAAAAAGUAUUUAGUCAGCCACCAAUUGUGCAAGUUCUCCCACUUAAAAAGAUGAGAGAGGCCUGUAAUUUUCAUCAUAGGUACACGUCAACUAUGACAGACAAAAUGAGAAAAAAAAUCCAGAAAAAUCACAUUGUAGGAUUUUUAAUGAAUUUAUUUGCAAAUUAUGGUGGAAAAUAAGUAUUUGGUCAAUAACAAAAGUUUCUCAAUACUUUGUUAUAUACCCUUUGUUGGCAAUGACACAGGUCAAACGUUUUCUGUAAGUCUUCACAAGGUUUUCACACACUGUUGCUGGUAUUUUGGCCCAUACCUCCAUGCAGAUCUCCUCUAGAGCAGUGAUGUUUUGGGGCUGUCGCUGGGCAACACAGACUUUCAACUCCCUCCAAAGAUUUUCUAUGGGGUUGAGAUCUGGAGACUGGCUAGGCCACUCCAGGACCUUGAAAUGCUUCUUACGAAGCCACUCCUUCGUUGCCCGGGCGGUGUGUUUGGGAUCAUUGUCAUGCUGAAAGACCCAGCCACGUUUCAUCUUCAAUGCCCUUGCUGAUGGAAUGAGGUUUUCACUCAAAAUCUCACGAUACAUGGCCCCAUUCAUUCUUUCCUUUACACGGAUCAGUCAUCCUGGUCCCUUUGAAGAAAAACAGCUCCAAAGCAUGAUGUUUCCACCCCCAUGCUUCACAGUAGGUAUGGUGUUCUUUGGAUGCAACUCAGCAUUCUUUGUCCUCCAAACACGACGAGUUGAGUUUUUACCAAAAAGUUAUAUUUUGGUUUCAUCUGACAUUCUCCCAAUCCUCUUCUGGAUCAUCCAAAUGCAUUUUAGCAAACUUCAGAUGGGCCUGGACAUGUACUGGCUUAAGCAGGGGGACACGUCUGUUACUGCAGGAUUUGAGUCCCUGGCGGCGUAGUGUGUUACUGAUGGUAGGUUUUGUUACUUUGGUCCCAGCUCUCUGCAGGUCAUUCACUAGGUCCCCCCGUGUGGUUCUGGGAUUUUUGCUCACCAUUCUUGUGAUCAUUUUGACCCCACGGGGUGAGAUCUUGCGUGGAGCCCCAGAUCGAGGGAGAUUAUCAGUGGUCUUGUAUGUCUUCCAUUUCCUAAUAAUUGCUCCCACAGUUGAUUUCUUCAAACCAAGCUGCUUACCUAUUGCAGAUUCAGUCUUCCCAGCCUGGUGCAGGUCUACAAUUUUGUUUCUGGUGUCCUUUGACAGCUCUUUGGUCUUGGCCAUAGUGGAGUUUGGAGUGUGACUGUUUGAGGUUGUGGACAGGUGUCUUUUAUACUGAUAACAAGUUCAAACAGGUGCCAUUAAUACAGGUAACGAGUGGAGGACAGAGGAGCCUCUUAAAGAAAAGUUACAGGUCUGUGGGGAGCCAGAAAUCUUGCUUGUUUGUAGGUGACCAAAUACUUAUUUUCCACCAUAAUUUGCAAAUAAAUUAAUAAAAAAUCCUACAAUGUGAUUUUCUGGAUUUUUUUUCUCUCAAUUUGUCUGUCAUAGUUGACGUGUACCUAUGAUGAAAAUUACAGGCCUCUGUCAUCUUUUUAAGUGGGAGAACUUGCACAAUUGGUGGCUGACUAAAUACUUUUUUUCCCCACUGUAAGUCAGAUCAGUGAUUAUUGCAAAAUGGCAGGUUAAACUAUUUUCAUCAAAUGUCAUUUUUAGUGGGUGUUAUGGUUGUGGAAGGCUUAUUUAGCCUAUGCAUAAUUUUGUAAGCACUGAAUUAAUAAAAUUAUUGCGGACUGUUCAAAAUGCAGUGUAUUGACCUUUAACUGUACAACAAAGUUUAUUUAGAGAGAGAAAAUUAAACAUGUAGAUGUAAAUCGCGCGUAACUGUGAAGAAAUCGAGAUAUGAUUUUUAGGCCAUAUCACCCAGCCCUUGUUUACUAGAAGGUUUAUGUAAUCUGACAUUUUGCCAUUAGUUGUCAUCUGAAGAAUGCCAAGCAGGGGUGGAAUUGGGGGUGAAUGAAUGGGAAUGGAGUAGAGUUCCCAAUGAAAACAUCUCAUGGGUUAUAAUAUGAUAUGUGAAAUACACUACCGGUCAAAAGUUUUAGGACACUUACUCAUUCAAGGGUUUUUCUUUUAUUUUGACUAUUUUCUACAUUGUAGAAUAAUAGUGAAGACAUCAAAACUAUGAAAUAACACAUAUGGAAUCAUGUACUAACCAAAAACGUGUUAACCAAAUCAAAAUAUAUUUUAUAUUUGAGAUUCUUCAAAUAGCCACCCUUUGCCUUGAUAACAGCUUUGCACACAUUUGGCAUUCUCUCAACCAGCUUUACCUGGAAUGAUUGUUCAACAGUCUUGAAGGAGUUUCCACAUAUGCGUAGCACUUGUUGGCUGCUUUUCCUUCACUCUGCAGUCCGACUCAUCCCAAACCAUCUCAAUUUGGUUGAGGUCGGGGGAUUGUGGAGGCCAGGUCAUCUGAUGCAGCACUCCAUUACUCUCCUUCUUGGUAAAAUAGCCCUUACACAGCCUGGAGGUGUGUUGGGUCAUUGUCCUGUUGAAAAACAAAUGAUAGUCCCACUAAGCCCAAACCAGAUGGGAUGGCGUAUCGCAGCAGAAUGCUGUGGUAGCCAUGCUGGUUAAGUGUGCCUUGAAUUCUAUUGUCACCAGCAAAGCACCCCCACACCAUAACACCACCUCCUCCAUGCUUUACGGUGGGAACUACACAUGUGAAGAUCAUCCGUUCACCCACACCGCGUCUCACAAACGCAUGUCGGUUGGAACCAAAAAUCUCCAAUUUGGACUCCAGACCAAAGGACACAUUUCCACCGGACUAAUGUCCAUUGCUCAUGUUUCUUGGCCCAAACAAGUCUCUUCUUCUUAUUGGUGUCCUUUAGUAGUGGUUUCUUUUCAGCAAUUCGACCAUGAAGGCCUGAUUCACACAGUCUCAUCUGAACAGUUGAUGUUGAGAUGUGUCUGUUACUUGAUCUCUGUGAAGCAUUUACUUGGGCUGCAAUUUCUGAGGCAGGUAACUCUGGAGCAAAAUGGAGUCGUGUUCUGAUUUGCCGAAGGGAGGGCGGGGAAGGGCCUUGUAGGCAUCUCGAGAAGGCGAGUAGCAGUGAUCUAGUGUUUUUCCUAAGCGAGUACUACAGUCAGUGUGUUUGAUAGAACUUCGGUAGCGUUUUCCACAAAUUUGCUUUGUUAAAAUCCUCAUCUACAAUAAAUGCGGCCUCAGGAUAUGUGGUUUCCAUUUUUCAUAGUCCAGUGUAGUUCCUUGAGAACCAUUGUGGUAUCUGCUUGAGGGGGAAUAUACACGGCUGUGACUAUAACCAAAGAGAAUUCUCUUGGGAGGUAAAACAGUCGGCAUUUGAUUGUGAGGUAUUCUAGGUUGGGUGAACAAAAGGAUUUGAGUUUCUGUAUGUUAUCACAAUCACACCUUGAGUAGUUAAUCAUGAAGCAUACACACCUGCCUUUCUUCUUCCCGGAGAGUUCUUUAUUCCUGUCUGCGCGAUGAACUGAGAACCCAGCUGGUUGUAUGGAUGGGGACAGUAUAUCCCGAGAGAGCCAUGAUUCCGUGAACCAGAGUAUGUUACAGUCCCUGAUGUCUCUCUGGAAGGAGAUCCUCACCCUGAGCUUGUCUACUUUAUUGUCCAGAGACUGAACAUUAGCCAGUAAUAUACUCGGAAGCGGUGGAUGGUGUGCCCGCCUCCUGAGUCGGACACUCGUAUGUGAGUGGGUGUGUGUAGAAUCUGUAUAAAUGCAUUUGCAUAUUUUGUGUGAGUGAGCAGAUGAUGGAGUGAGUGUGUAGGGCCCUGUGAGUGUGCAUAGAGAAAAUAAAAGGUCAACAAAGAUUAACUAUUUUGUUAGCUAUUUAUCAGUAUUAUUGCUUGGAGAUUUUCAAGAGCCUGUUGGUGCCAGACUUGAUGCACCGGUACCACUUGCCGUGCGGAAUCAGAGAGAAUAGUCUAUGGCUUAGGUGGUUGGAGUCUUUAACAAUUUUCAGGACCUUCCUACCACAACGCCUGAUAUAGAUGUCCUGGAUGGCAGGGAGCUCGGCCUCAGUGAUGUACUGGGCUGUCCGCACCACCCUCUGUAGCGCCAUGAGAUCGAUGACGGUGCUAUUGCCAUACCAGGCAGUCAUGCAGCCAGUGAUGAUGCUCUCAAUGGUACAGAUGUAUAACUUUUUGAGGAUUUGAGGACCCAUGCCAAACUUUUUCAACCUCCUGAGGGGGGAAGAGGCGCUGUCGCGCCUUCUUCAUGAUUGUAUGCGUGUGUUUGGACCAUUUUAAGUCUUAAGUGAUUUGUACACUGAGGAACUUGAAGCUGUCGACCUGAUCCAGUUGCAGAGGGAGGUGUUCAGACUCAGUGUCCUAAGCUUGGUGACAAACUUGGAGGGGACAAUGGUGUUGAACGUUGAGCUGUAGUCAAUGAACAGCAUUCUCACAUAGGUAUUCCUCUUAUCUAGGUGGGUGAGCGCCACACUGCCAGGUCACUGACCUCCUCCCUGUAGGCUGACUCAUCGUCACCAGUGAUCAGGCCUACCACUGUCAUGUCGUCAGCGAACUUGAUGAUGGUGGAGUCAUGCUGUAGUCAAUGAACAGCAUUCUCACAUAGGUAUUCCUCUUAUCUAGGUGGGUGAGGGCAGUGUGGAGAGCAAUUUAGAUUGCAUCUUCUAUGGAUCUGUUGGGGCGGUAUGCAAAUUGGAGUGGGUCUAGGGUGGCUGGGAUGGUGGAGUUAAUGUGUGCCAUAACCAGCCUCUCAAAGCCCUUCAUGAUUACAGAAGUGAGUGCUACAGGGUGGUAGUCAUUGUGGCAUGAAGCCUUAGAGUUCUUGGGGACAGGAAUGAUGGUGGUCAUCUUAAAACAUGUGGGGAUUACAGACUGGAGAGGUUGAAAAUUACUGUUCUGCGCAUGCUCUGAGAACGUGCCCUGGAAUUCCAUCGGGCCCAGUGGCCUAGCGGGUGCUGAUCUGAUUACAGACCUUUCUCACGUCGGCCUCGGAGAGCGAGAUCACCCAAUCCUCUGGGUCGGUGACGGCCCUCACACCCGGCACAAUGUUGUCAAAGCCUGCAUAAAAUGCAUUGAGUUCGUCUGGUAGAGAGGCAUCGUUGGGUAGAUCACUGUUGGGUCUUCCUUUGUAAUCCGUAAUGGACUGUAGCCCCUGCCACAUCCGGCGGGCGGCAGAGCCUGUGUAAUAUGAUUCCACCUUAUUCCUAUAUUGUCCUAUUGCUCGUUUGAUGCUCUGCAGAGGUCAUAGCGGGACGUCUUGUACUUAUUCCUGUCUUCGGCCGUAGCCUCAGUUGUCUAUGAUAGCUCUGUGUGUGGUAGCCCUGUCCUUUAGCGCCAACCAUGGUGUUAAUCCAGGGCUUUUAUUUGGAGAAGCAGCUAACCCUCACCGUGAGGAUAAUGUCGCCGAUACAUUUUCUAAUGAAGCCGGUGGCAGAGGUGGUUAGCUCGUCAAUGUUAUCGGCGGAGUCUCUAAACAUAUUCCAAUCAGUGCUAGCAAAGCAGUCCUGUAGCAUAACCUCUGAUUCUGGUGACCAUUUCUCAAUGGAGCGGGUCACAGGUGCUUCCUGUUUUGAGUUUCUGUUUGUAAGCAGGAGUACAGAGUACUAUAAAUGCAUUUAUGGCCUAUGCCUACAUGCCCUGUAGAGCCCGACCGUUAAAUCGGUUCACCAAUAUUGGCCUUUUAACAGCUAUGUCGGUAUCGGCCGAUAACUCCACAGAUAACGAUAUUCGAUAAAUAGGAUGAAAAAAGGCAAUCUCAUGCUUAUCUAAACACUUGCGGCCUUCUCAUUAUGUAAUUGUUGUCACAAUACAGUGCCUUCAGAAAGUAUUCAUACCCCUUGACUUAUUCCACAUUUUGUUGUUAGUCUGAAUUUAAAAUGUAUUGAAUUUUUUUUUCUUCUCAUCCAUCUACAAAAUAAUCCCAUAAUGACAAAGUGAAAACAUGUUUUAUACAUUUGUGCACAUUUUUUGAAAAUGGAAGUACAGAAAUAUCUCAAUACAUAACUAUUCACACCACGUUAGAAUCACCUUUGGCAGUGAUUACAGCUGUGAGUCUUUCUGGGUAAGUCUCUAAUAGCUUUGCACACCUGGAUUGUACAAAAUGUGCAUAUUUAUUAAAAAAUAUAUAUUUAAGCUCUGUCAAGUUGAUUGUUGAUCAUUGCUAGACAGCCAUUUGUCAAGAUUUUCAAGCCGCUUUAAGUCAACUGUAACUAGACCACUCAAGAACAUUCAAUGUCAUCUUGGUAAGAAACUCCACUUUAUAUUUGGCCUUUUUUUUAGGUUAUUGUCCUGCUGAAAGGUGAAUUUGUCUCCCAGUGUCUAUUGGAAAGCAGAAUGAACCAAGUUAUAAUUUUUUUUUCUAUGAUUUUGCCUGUACUUAGCACUAUUCUGUUUAUUUUAAUCCUAAAAAAGACAUAACAUGAUGCAGCAACCACCAUGCUUGAAAAUUUGAAGAGUUGUGUUGAAUAUGCCCUAAACAUAGCAAAUUGUAUUCAGGACAUAAUUUCUUUGUCACAUCUUUGGCAGUUUUACUUGAGUGCCUUAUUGCAAACAGGAUGCAUUUUUUGGAAUAUUUUUGUUCUGUACAUGCUUCAUUCUUUUCACUCUGUCAUUUAGGUUAGUAUUGUGGAGUAACUACAAUGUUGUUGAUCCAUCCUCAGUUUUUUCCUAUCACAGCCAUUACACUCUGUAACUGUUUUGAAGUCACCAUUGGCCUCAUGAUGAAAUCCCUGAGCUGUUUCCUUCCUCUCUGACAACUGAGUUAGGAAGGACACCUGUAUCUUUGUAGUGACUAGGUAUUGAUACAUCAUCCAAAGUAUAAUAAAUAACUUCACCAUACUCAAAGGGAUAUUCAAUGUAUGCCUUUCUUUCCGAGUCAUUGGAAAGUACAGAGAUGAGGUAGUCAUUCAAAAAUCAUGUUAAACACUAUUGCACACAGAGUGAGUCCGUGUAACUUAUUAUGUGACUUGUUAAGCAAAUGCUUAGUCCUGAACUUAUUUAAGCAUGCCGUAACAAAGGGGUUGAAUACUUAUUGACUCAAGACAUUUCAGCUUUUCAUUUUUUAUUAAUUGGUAAACAUUUCUGAAGGCCAAGUAUAUGAAAUCAACAUUUGAAGCACAGUUAUUGGACAAUUGCUCUUUUGGGUGGCAAAAUAAUUCAGUGUGGAAAAAUUACACUUUUUCAUUUCCCCGCUGUAAAACAGUAUAUCGGUAAGUUCCCCCCCCCAAAAAAAAAUCGGACCCCCAAAAAACAUAUAGAUCGGGCUCUAAUGCCCUGUACUGAUGGCCUUUAGAGUAGCAGCCUGGUAUCUCUGGUUUCAGCUAAGAUACCUCUGUGUCUGAUCAAUUAAAGCGAUCAAUCCACCAAUCCUGGGCACAUUCUCCUUCUCUUCCCUAAUGGAAAAGGAUCCAGUUAGUAUAGAUUCCUGCUCAGAGCUGUUAAUACGACGUUAACAAAUGAACGUGUAGAAAUAACCUUUACCCUCCUAAAUGGAAUUCCCUCUCCAAUCCGAAUCGCUUACCCAGAGUAAGUCUUUGGUCUUGGAGUCUGCUGCCCAGAAUAAGUUAGGCAUAUUGAUUUUCCGUAAUGGGGCUGUAGGAAUGAGAAGGCUAUUUCUUUACACCAUCAGGGUCCUGCGAUGGACGCACAAGCUAG